UCGUCUCUGGGCUCCAACCAGCUCCCUGGGAAAUCAGGUCUUUGGGGCUACUUCUGUGUCUCCCACCUCCUGCUGCCAGGAGAGGGGCACCACGCUGUGAUGUCACCGUGAUGGAACACAGGCUGGAGAACUUCCCAGGCAGCUGGAACCACAGAACUUCAUCAGGCUGGUUGGAGGCAGCCAAGCUGAGGAAAAAGAAGUUAAACUGGAGAUGUCUUCACCAGAGACAUCCUGUGCUCCCAGCCCAGAGGAGCCAGCCUGGUGGGUGGCUCAAGCUUCUCAUCCAGGAGAUGACACGGGACUGUCCUGGGAUGCUCCCACAGACAAAAUUGCCCUUCGGGAUUGGCAAGAUGAACCCUGGGACCCCAAGGUGAAAUUUUGUCCCUUGAAGAUCUCUGUCAACACCAAACCUUCGGAUGACUCCUUCCUGGAGACGCUCUGGGAGAUCCUCAGCAGCCAGAGCUUCGAGUCCAUCUGGUGGGGCAACGACGGGAACUGCAUCGUGAUCGGAGAGAAGCUCUUCAGGAAGGAAGUGCUGGGGAGGAGGGGGCCAAGGAAGAUCUUUGAGACAGAGUCCAUGAGAGGCUUCCUUCUCCAACUCAUGUUCCAUGGAUUCCGCAGGAUGGAAGGGGACUCUCCCCUGCUGACCUCCAUGGAGGAGCUGAGAGCAGUAGCAGCAGCUGGGUCUGAGCUGGGCAAGCUCCUGUUCUACUCCAACCCCCAUUUCACAAGGGAUGACCCCUCCUGCCAUCGGAGGGGCGUGGAGAGUGCUGGGGAAAGCCUGAUCCCCCCAGCCGUGUCCCCGCCGGCCACCGGGAAGAAGGCAGAGCUCCCAUGGAAAAGAUGGUGGGAUGUUCAGCUGGCAGCAGGGGCAGAGGAGGAAGAAGAGGAUGAUGACACCCAGACAUCCACGAGCACCAGCCCUGAGCCAGGGGCAGGCACCCCCACCCCGCUGGGCAGUGCCAGACCCUCCCCACCAAAACGGCCCCGCAGGCGCAGCCCCGCCGGCAUCCAGGAGGCAGCUCCUGCUCCAGCCACGGCUUCACCGCCCAGGCUCACCCCUCCUGCCCCAAACAGGCCCCUGGCAGUGCCCACCCUCCCGUCUGGGCAGCCAAAUCCAGGUGCCAUGUGGGUGCCUGGGGCUGGGCUGGCUCCGCUCUGCGCUCCGGGGUUUGGGAUGGACAGUGUGGGGUCACCACCCAGCCACGCUCCAGCCCACAGCCACUGCCCCACCUGCUCCUGUGGGGGGAACAGAGGGGCCAGACCUCAGCAGGGGCAGGACUGGGAAGAGCAGAGGCUGUAGGGAGCUGUGGGGCCACAGGGGUAGAAAUGC